GUCUCUAAAAGAUCAAAGGGGCUUCAGGAAGGGGUGGUCCUGAGUCGGGGGAUAUAUAGGGAGCCGGGGUCUGUCCUUCUUUAAGGCAAAAUCAGAGCAGAAACUAGACGGCACAGUAGAAAAAAACCUGCGCCCGAAGUCACAUAGAAACUCAAACAGCUGUUGAGUAUUCAAGAGAGGGCUGAAAGAAGCACCAACGUCCCGAAGAGUUGGAAUUUAUCUACUGCUGAGCUUUUUUCGACCAAGAGAAUAUAAGACUCGAGCUUGAAGCAAGAAAACAUGAAGUCUGAGCUGUAGACUAUUUUGAAUGGGUUUUGCACUGGAUUUGUUUCCGUUUUAGUUUUUUUUACACUUACACAAUUUCUGGAGGUGUUUUAGUUCUUGGACUGAUAUUUUUUAGUAAUUAGUGGAGUCUUUUACGGAUUUUACUUGCUUCCGCCAGACACUUCAAUAUCAUUUUAUCUUUCAGUUUGAAGGGUUUUGACACGGAAUAUGAUGUGGUUCGUUUGCGUCUCGUUCUGUUUGAUUACCGCUCUGUGCGUGAGCGCGGCGCACGGCACAUGGGAGGAAAGUACAGUUGUACCGGUCAGACUCGACCCGGUUCGGCCGGAGAGGGAAGCCGAGCAGGGCCGGACCCUUUCGGUAGAGGAGCGAGAGAAGGAGUCGGAGAUGCGGGUCUACCGGUUGGACGUAUUUGGCAAACGGGUGGUCUUGGAGCUAGAGCCGGACCAGACCUUCCUGGCACCUGGGUUUGUGUUCCAUGUGGUGGGGAGCCCGGAGUUGCAGGCGCAGCGGGAAUCUGACAGCAGCACAGCCGAGACUCAGUGCUUCUUCUCGGGCACGGUGAACGGGGAGGAGGACUCCGCAGCUGCGCUCAACCUGUGCCACGGACUACGGGGCGGCUUCUACCUCCAAGGUGAAGAGUACUUCAUCUAUCCCAAUAAUUCGACUGAUGCACAGCCUAUUGAUGGGGACCUCCACCUCAUUCGCCGGAGAGGUCAGGCAUCUUUUGCAGAGGAGAGCAGCUCAAAGUGUGGGGUCAACGAGGACGAGGACAGGUUGCCAGAGAAUCAAGAGACAAAAGUAGACCAUGGAACCACUAACUCAGACCACCCAGCCCACCACCAGCGGUCCAAGCGCUUCGUGUCCACGCCCCGCUUCGUGGAGAUCAUGAUCGUGGCCGAUCAGUCCAUGGCCGAGUUCCACGGUGCCGGCCUCAAGCCCUACCUGCUCACCAUCAUGGCGGUGGCAUCGCGCCUCUACCGCCACCCCACCAUCCACAACUCCAUCAGCCUAGCCGUGGUCAAGCUCUUGGUGGUCUACGAGGAGGAGAGCGGCCCCCAGGUGUCGUCUAACGCUGCCCUGACCCUCCGCAACUUCUGCCAGUGGCAGCGGCAGCACAACCCGCCCAGCGACCGCCACCCAGAGCACUACGACACGGCCGUGCUCUUCACCCGAACGGACCUGUGCGGCGCCCACUCCUGUGACACGCUAGGCAUGGCGGAUGUGGGCACGGUGUGCGACCCGGAGAGGAGCUGCUCCAUCAUCGAGGACGACGGGCUGCAGGCGGCAUUCACCGUGGCACACGAACUUGGCCACGUGUUCAACAUGCCCCACGAUGAUUCCAAGCAGUGUGCCAGCGUCAACGGUGACCAUUGGGGCUCGCACAUGAUGGCGUCCACCCUGUCCAACCUGGACCAACUCCAGCCCUGGUCGCCUUGCUCCGCCCUCAUGGUCACCUCCUUCAUGGACAACGGACACGGCCAGUGCCUAUUGGACAAGCCCCACAAGUCCCAGCCGCUGCCUGCCACGCUACCCGGAACCGUGUACGACGCUGACCGCCAAUGUCGCCUGACUUUCGGGGAGGAGUCACAGCACUGUCCCGACCUGAGUACCACAUGUGUGGCACUCUGGUGCACAGUGACCACAACCAACGGACUGCUGGUCUGUCAGACCAAGAACUUCCCGUGGGCGGAUGGGACGCUGUGUGGCCAUGACAGCUUCUGCCUGGCGGGACAUUGUCUGAGCAAGACGGAGGCCGCUCGUCACCAGACUCCAGUCAACGGUGCCUGGGGAGUAUGGGGACCAUGGGGAGACUGUUCCCGUACCUGCGACGGAGGGGUGCAGUACUCCUUCAGGGACUGUGAUAACCCUCUGCCCAAAAACGGGGGCAAGUACUGUGAGGGCAAGAGGAUCCAAUAUCGCUCCUGUAACACAGAAAUCUGCCCUGGUAGCAAUGGUAUGUCAUUCCGCGAGGAGCAGUGUCUGGCCCACAACGAUAUUUCGUCACAGGUCUCAUUCGGUUCGGGAGAGGGCGUGGAGUGGGUUCCCAAAUAUGCCGGCGUCUCGCCCAAAGACCGCUGCAAGCUGGUGUGCCGGGCCAAGGGCACAGGCUACUUCUUCAUUCUGAAACCCAAGGUGGCUGACGGUACUCCCUGCAGCCCAGACUCCACCUCAGUGUGUGUGCAGGGUCAGUGUGUGAAGGCGGGCUGUGACCGAAUCAUCGGCUCCAGCCGUCGCUUCGACAAGUGCGGCGUGUGCGGAGGCAACGGCUCAACCUGCAAGAAAGUGUCGGGUGCCCUGGAGCGUGCCAGGCCUGGUUACCAGAACGUCGUGACCAUCCCCGCUGGCGCCACUCACCUGGACGUGAAGCAACGUGCCCCCGGUGGUGGUCGCCAUGACAACAGCUACCUGGCAGUGUUGCGCCAGGACGGCACCUACCUCUUGAACGGCGACUACAAGCUGAUGACUCUCGAAACAGACAUCGCCCUCAAGGGGGCGUUGCUACGAUACAGUGGUAGCUCCGCCUCCCUGGAGCGUCUACGCAGCUUCUCGCCCCUCCCCGAGGACCUGACCAUCCAGGUAUUGUCUGUAGGCGACUCGCCCCGUCCCCGUGUCAAAUACAGCUACUUUGCCCCGAGGCCCGCUUUGGCGUCACCUAGUGGUGGAACGGUGGCACGCCGCCAGUCCAUCAAUGCCAUCCGUGAGCUGGGGGACGCUGAGUGGACCCUGCGGGAGUGGGGCCCAUGCUCGCAGAGCUGUGGGGGCGGUACUCAACAGAGGGAGGUGCUGUGUCUGGAUCCCCAGGGGCGGCCAUCGCGGGAGUGCCCGGAGGAGCUGCGCCCGUUGGCUUCACGCCCUUGUGCCACACAACCCUGUCCUUCAUGGUUCCUGGGGGAGUGGUCGGCGUGCUCCAAGAGCUGUGGCCGUGGGUUCCGCAAGCGCCCGCUACGCUGCGUGGGACACAACGGGCGUACGCUCGCCCACGAGAGCUGCGACCCCAAAGACAGGCCUCGACCUCUGCUGGACUUGUGCAACCAGAGCACCUGCUAAGACUGUCGGGACUCACCUCAUUAUUACGUCCCUGAAGAACAGCUCAUGAAAGAAAGAAAGAAAGAAAGAAAGAAAGAAAGAAAGAAAGAAAGAAAGAAAGAAAGAAAG